AUGCUUCCGUCCAUUGUCCCCCGUCUCCAGCAGAAAAUCAUGGAGCACCAAGUCGUGGUCAAUAGCCCCAAGCUCACAGCCUUUCUGGGUCAUCCUGCUGGACCCUUUACCGUGCACUUUUGGGCACCGACUAUCAAGUGGGCGAUCUCCAUUGCUAACGUCGCCGACAUGCGGCGCUCACCCGAGACCAUCUCGGUGGCUCAGCAAACAGCUGUGACUGCUACAGGUCUCAUCUGGUCGCGCUAUAGUACGGUCAUCACCCCCAAGAACUGGAACUUGUUUGCUGUCAACGUCUUCAUGGCUGGCACUGGAUUCGUGCAAUUCUACCGCAAAUUUACAUACGACCCCAAGCAGUCGGACAUUUAG